AUGCUGAAGCAAUUCCUGAGCAGACUCCCCCGGAAAGCCCUCAAAGGCGACUCCGGUGGGGACUCCGGUUCGCCGCGCACCACCACUCCCCGGUCCACCUCCCGGACCGGCCCCUCCGGCCUCAGCGGCACGCCUAGGUCCAAUGGUGGUUUGAGUAAUGCUAAUAAUAAUAGUAACAAUAAUCAUCCGGGUCAGGCCCAGCAGCGGCCCAGCGGCCCAAAACGGAUGUCGUCGGCGGUGUUCCCGGCGAGCGUGGUGGCCGGGAUCGAGCCCUUGGUGCCCUUCAAGGACGUUCCGGGUUCCGAAAAGAUGAACCUCUUUGUUAGCAAGGUUAGUCUUUGUUGUGUGACAUUUGAUUUCACAGACCCUACUAAGAAUUCGAUUGAGAAAGAUGUGAAGAGGCAGACAUUGCUUGAGCUUGUGGAGUUUGUGUCUUCUGCCUCAAUGAAAUUUAGCGAGCCGGCUAUUCUGGCUACUUGUAGAAUGUGUGCUAUUAACUUGUUUAGAGUUUUCCCGCCUAAUUAUCGGUCGAAUUCGGGUGUUGGUGGGGGAGAGAAUGAGGAUGAUGAGCCUACCUUUGAUCCUGCCUGGCCACAUUUGCAGAUUGUGUAUGAGUUGCUGCUAAAGUUUGUUACUUCUUCGUGUUUGGAUGCGAAAGUCGCAAAGAAGUAUAUAGACCAUGCGUUUAUUUUGAGGUUGCUUGAGUUGUUUGAUUCGGAUGACCCUAGGGAAAGGGACUGCUUGAAGACCAUUCUGCAUAGGAUUUAUGGGAAGUUCAUGGUGCAUAGGCCGUUUAUUCGCAAGUCGAUAAACAAUAUAUUUUACAAGUUUUUGUUUGAGACUGAGAGACAUAAUGGGGUUGCCGAGCUUCUGGAGAUAUUUGGAAGUAUCAUUAGUGGGUUUGCAUUGCCAUUGAAAGAGGAGCACAGGAUAUUCUUGUGGAGGGUUUUGAUUCCCCUGCAUAAGCCGAAGAAUCUAGGGUCUUAUUUUCAGCAGUUGUCGUACUGUGUCACACAGUUUAUAGAGAAGGAGCCGAAGUUGGCGAGUGUUGUUAUAAAGGGUCUGUUGAAGUACUGGCCGAUAACAAGUAGUCAGAAAGAGGUGAUGUUCUUGGGUGAGUUGGAAGAGAUUUUGGAGGCAGUUAACAUGGUGGAAUUUCAAAAGGUUAUGGUCCCUUUGUUCUCCCGGAUCGCAUCCUCCAUUAACAGUUCCCACUUCCAGGUGUCUGAAAGAGCCCUUUUCUUUUGGAACAAUGACCACAUUGUCAACUUAAUUGCACAUAAUCGUCAAGCCAUUCUGCCCAUCAUUUUACCAGCCUUGGAGAAGAAUGCCCACAACCACUGGAACCAAGCAGUACUCAACUUAACUCUUAAUGUUAGAAAGCUGUUUGUGGAGAUGGAUGAUCAGCUAUUCCUCUCCAUUCAUGCCCAAUAUAUGGAAGAAGAAGCAAGGCAAAGCUCGGAAGCUAAGAAGCGGAAGGAAGCAUGGGAACGGUUAGAGAAUGCAGCUAGUCUCCAGCCGGUAACUGGAAAUAUUGCUGUCUUGGUAACUCCUCGGGCAACCAAAAUUGCCUGCUGAAAUUAACUUAUGAACUGAUACGAUAUCCCCAAGCGUUCUUUUACCCUCAACUUCCUCUCGUUUUUUGGUGGCAAUUGGAGAAUUAGAAG